CCUGGACACUUCGCGAACCGUUGUCCGAAGAAGGCGCAGCAGCCUCAGCAGCCUCAGCAGCCACCGCAGCAGCAGCAGCCCCGGCAGCAGGCACAGAGGCAGCCUCAGCAGCAGCAGCAGAGGGGCAGACAGCAGGCCCGAGUUUACGCCGUCGAUCAGGUCGAGGCCGAGCAGCAGCCAGGUACUAUGUCAGGGAUGAUCAUGUUAAAUAAUGUUCUUGUGUUUGCUUUAUUCGAUACUGGAGCGACGCACUCUUUUAUUUCACGACGAUGCCUUUCCAUCGAUGGUCAUGCCAUUACCGCUGUCGAUCCUCUCGAGGUGAGUCUAGCCUCGGGACAAAAGAUAGUGACCUCAGCUAGAGCCUCAGAUCUCAGCCUUUCCAUUGAUGGUCGUUCAUUGUCUACCGACGCGUAUGUUCUUGAGAUGAGGGACUUCGACCUCAUUCUCGGAAUGAAUUGGCUAUCUUUUUAUCAUGCAGAUAUCCGAUGUCAUGACCGGGAGAUUACUCUCUAUCUUCCGGGAGACGACUCAAUUACCUUCUUUGGCACCCGGAACCGUUCAUUGCCUCAUGUUGUUUCGAUGGCGAAAGCCACCAAGUUGCUGCGACGAGGCAACUGCCAGG